ACUGCCGUUCACAAGUGUUUGGUCACCGCGGUAUGAUAACAUACAAAACAUUGUAGUGAUACCUGUUCAUUAUCUCACUAGUUUCUUGAAAAUGGUGGACUAAUACUGAGGUGAACAUUAUACUUGAUAUAUACACUUGAUAUGAAGUACGGGAUUUUAGUAAGGACCAUAUUAUUUUUCCUAGUGACAACAUACUUUACAUUAGCAGUACAAAAUUCCAAUGGUGAAGAAAAAGAGGAUCAUGACAAGAUUAAUCAAGAGAACCAUCAGAUUAUUACGCGUACGCGGCGAGCGAUUAAAAAACCAGGUUUCUUCAGAACUCUGUUUUCCGUAAUAUAUGAACAAUGGAACGAUACGAAGAACACAUUUGGUACUAUAAACAACCUUAUUAAUGAUAAUUUCUUACCAGAUAAUGCACCUGUAACAGAAGCUACAACACCCAGUGACCCAAACGCCAGUACAACAGCGGCGCCGUAUAAAAUAUCAAGGAAAGAAUUCAACAGGAUAGUACAAAGAAAUUUAAAGGGACUUCAGAGAUUGUAUAACAUCGAACUUCAGGAUGCACUUCAACAAUCCAAAAAGUAUGACGCAGAAUUCAAAAGGAAUGCAAGUUUGGAAGUAUCUAAAUUUCUGUAAUAAUGUAUUAUUUAUAAAUAGAAUAGAUUAUCUGUGAUAAGAUUGUAAAUAAAACUGCUCAAUGUAUAAUUUAUUG